AUGGGCAAGAUUACUAUUGUUGGUGCCGGCAUUGUUGGUAUGGCUGUUGCCAGCAUGCUAUCGAGAGCUCAUGAGGUGACUAUUGUUGCUCGAAACCUCCCUGGUGAUGCUGAAAGCCUGGAUUGGGCGAGCCCUUGGGCUGGUGCCGUCUUUCUUGGCCUGGAUGGUUCAACACCCAGGGAACAGAAGAUGCAACGCGACUCGUUUGCUUAUCUUUGGUCACUGGCAAUCACAGACCCAGAGUCUAGUGUUAGGAGAAUUGAAAUGCAAGACCUCCAAGACAGCACGACCCUCGAUAAGAUUUGGUAUCGAGAUCUAAUGCCUGAGUUCCGCGUGUUGUCACAAGAAGAGCUUCCCAAGGGUGUGGUCGUAGGAAUGAGUUACAAGACUGUAGUUUUGACCCCUGCGACUUUUCUUCCAUGGAUGGCAAAGAGACUCGAGAACAGUGGAGUUACCUUUCUUCGACAAUCGGUUAAUUCGCUGGCGGAUCUUAAAGGUCUUGGCCAUGAUGUCCUGGUCAACGCAACGGGAUGUGGUUCGAAGUUUCUCCGCGACGUUGCCGAUCCGAACAUUCAGGAAGUCCGCGGGCAGACGAUUCUCGUAAAGACCAACUACAACAAGAUUAUGAUGAGGCACGGUAAAGAUUAUACAUAUGUCAUUCCACGCCUAGACGGCACAGCAAUUCUUGGAGGGAUCAAACAAGUCGACAACACGGACCCGGUCGUGGAUGUAGAUCUGAGGAAUGAUAUCCUGCGUCGUGUGCAUGAGAAUGCUCCUGAGGUUUUUAAAGGCCAGAAGGUAGAGAAUGUGGAGAUCAUCCGCGAUAACGUUGGAAUCCGCCCCGCAAGAACAGGUGGUGUGCGUGUUGAGAAGGAGGUCACUGGUGGCCAAAAUAUCGUCCAUGCAUACGGCACUGGUGGUGGAGGCUAUGUUUUUAGCUUUGGUGUUGCUCGGGCUGCUGGUACAUUGGUCAACGACUAUCUGUUCACACCGCCAGCAAAGUUAUAA